CUCGAUCCCAAUUAUAAAAUAGGAGAUAUGGAUCACUCGACAACAGUUGGGCCCAUCAACUCAAACUCGCCGGCUUCUGAGCCAUCUGUCCUUCAUGCCUCCCAGAGACAGAGGGCUCCACGACGUGCCCAUAGGAAAACCAGAGCAGGCUGCCAGACUUGCAAAAGGAGAAAAGUCAAGUGCGAUGAGCAACGCCCAUCAUGCGCCAACUGCAUCAGGCGAGGCCACGAAUGCGAGUUCUUCUCUGAACGGCUGACCCCAAACCACCCAGCAUCAAUAGCUCCUCUGUCAUUCAAUAUGCUUGAUCUCCGGCUCAUGCACAACUUUACCAACUCGACAUAUGCCACUUUUUCCCGCCACCAGACCAUCCGUUCUUUCUGGAAAGGGCCACUCGUCUCCAUGGCACUGCAAUGUGACUAUUUGAUGUGUGCUCUCCUGGCGACCUCGGCGCUGCAUCUCGCCCACAACACACCGGAAGAGAAGGAUUUCUAUAUUUCAACAGCCCUGAGAUAUCAUCGUGCUGCAUCGCGCGAGGCCAUAGUUCUCCUGGCCGAUAUCAAGAAGGAAUCCGCAGAAGAGUUGUUCAUGUUCUCUGUCCUCACCAUUGUUGUCGCAUUAGGUAGCCAUCGAGAGAUUGCCGAGGGCAGCCCUUUUUUUGUAAAUGGCAGCUUUCCCGAAUGGCCUUUUCUCAUUCAAGGCACCAGGUCUCUCCUUGAUUUGCCAGAUAUAAACCUUCGCGAGGGCAGGCUCAGUCCUUUUCUUGCAGAGAGGAUACAGACUUGCCAAUGCAAGGAGACAGGCUCCGACGAUGCAUCUUCAUCCAUGAAAAAGGCGCUAGGUGACCUCGAAGAUCUAAUUGCAUGGAAUACAGACAUCGAGGACACGAUGAAAAUCUACAGAAAAGCAAUAGCCUAUCUGCGAGACAUGUCCAACAUGCUUGAUACUUCUGAUGUGGAGACUUCGGACGUGUUUGGUUGGAUCUACGCGGUUGCGGAUGAUUUCUUGCCCUUGCUUAGAGCGUCGAAGCAAGAGGCCGUAGCAAUCUUUGCGUAUUUCUGUGUCUUUUUAAAAAGGCUGGAGACGUACUGGUGGAUGAGAAACUGGGGCGAGCAACUCCUCCGGAAAGCAGAGAGUGUUCUGGACAGUGAGCACAAGUUGUGGAUAGCUUGGCCGAUGGAGGAGCUAGGGAUGCACAGGUGA